AUUCCCAGAAGUACACGUUCUUUUCAUUCAUGUUCUUUGCACGCUGUAGAGCAGUCGCGAAGUGUGUGUUGGCUAACCAAAGUUUUUAUCGAUUUUCAACAGUUUAUUUCAACAGCAGACACUUCGUUAGAAAAAUGUACACUUAUACCGAACGUGGCGGACAGGAUACGCAAGAAUAUCAUGGAUUUUUUUGUAAGUUUCACUUUUAUUGUGCAAGGGAAAAUGAUACUUUUAAUUGUACAUAUAUAAAUUGAUUGUCAAGUGCACUUCGUACUUUUAAUUUCAUGUAUAUAUCUUUAUUAGAGUAGAAUUAUAUUGUACCUAUUUAAAAAUCGUGAGAUAUUAGAAAAAAUAAAACACUAUUAUAAAAUUUUGAAUUUCUUUUGAAAUAUCAGAUGAUAUUUUCUCAAUUUCUGAAUUCUGAGAAAUGGAAAGUUAUUAAAUAUUAACCAAGGGCGCGUUUGGAAGAAUCAUUUCAGCAGUGGUUCCUAGCUCAAAUUUCACUUGUUACAAUUUAUAAUGAUAAUUUUAUAUCAGGUAAAAGGGGCAAAUUUAUGAUAAUUAAAAAAUAAUGCCAAAGUUUUGGUUGUGCGCUGAAAUGUUAUGUGCAUGUUGAGUAUCGCUUUAACAUACCGACAGUUGAUGUGGGCAGAUAACCUUGUAUUAAAGAAAAUCACCGUUAAUGGUAAAUUAAUUAAAAAUCAUGGUUUCUACCAAUUCAUCAUUUGGGAAAUUGAUAAUACCAUUGCAUUUUAUGAUAGAUUUGUAUUAGUUCUAGAUACAUGCAGGACAUGUAUGUAAAUAUUCUUUAUCCCAUUGAGUGUCUCCUUUGAAGAGUUUUUCAAGAGUAUACAGCUAUUUCAAUUAAGGUUGUCCACGAGCAAAGCGGAGAAGUCGAAUACGAGCAUGAAAGGCCGUUGGGAAUCGUUAACAAAUUAACGAAUUUUCAAAGUGAUUCCCAGCAGCCUUUCGCACUCGUAUUCGACUUUCCACUUUGCUCGUGGACAACCUUAAUUGAAAUAGCUGUAUGUGGUAUGAUGCAAUAGCUAUAGUCUUGUAUUUCACUCAUAUUCAACACAGGAAAACAUCAUUUCUAUUUUUGUAGCUGGUUCAAAUGGUUACAUUUCUCCAAUGCAUGAUAUUCCACUCUAUGCAGACAGUCCGGUAAGGACAGCUAGACUAAUAAUACAAUUCUUGAUCAGGUUGACAAAAGUCCUUAAACAUGAUAGCUAUAAAAAUUUACAUAUAACCUGUUGAGUGCAGCACUCUCGAUCCCCUUGAUGAAUAAAAUCAUCUGGCAUUAGACAGAGUAAAAUAAUAAAGUAGGGUGCAUCAGGGCACAUUUCCACAUAAAGGGUUAAUGAGUCACUAGAUUAAAUGUAUGUGUUUAUAGAACAAAGUAUUUAACAUGGUGGUUGAAAUUCCAAGAUGGACGAAUGCAAAGAUGGAGGUACUAAAUUAAUAAAUUACUGUCCUCGUAAUUUUUUGACCGCAUUUGCCAGCAAUUUGUCAUUUAUUUUGCACUGUUAACCUCAACUUCAUGUAUACAACAAUUCUUUAUUCUUUAGAUCAAUUUAGCUUCCUCACUAAACCCUAUGAAACAAGACAUCAAGAAAGGGAAAUUAAGAUAUGUUAACAAUGUUUUUCCUUAUCAUGGCUAUAUAUGGAACUAUGGAGCUUUACCACAGGUAAGUCAAACUAUCUUGCCAAACUAAACUAGCAGACUAGCUCAAUAUAUUAAAGAUAUGUCUAUAACAUUGUAUAGACAGGGUUUUUUCAGAGCUUUUUUACGGUCUUAAUUUAAUGGCCCCAAAAACUGUCAUCAUUACUUGAGUUUUGAAACUCUCUCAUCAAAGGUUUUAGUUAUGUGAGUUCAAAUUGUGAUGUGGGAAUGGUUUUUCCUAUUUGAAAUCCAACAAAGUAAGAAAAAACAAACAUGUCACCUGCAAUUCAUUUCACUACACAAAUUUGAAGCAAUCCAAGCAAUUUUGAAAUGUUCUAUAGCCAUGAAACAUCCGGAUCCUUUGCCCAUGGUGGGGGAGGAGAAGACAGCUGCUCCAGACCCCAAACUGAUUAAGUAAACUCAAUCGUCUCUGCAAGAGCGGACCAGCAAAAAAACGGAAAAACCUCCUGUCAAAACACCUGAUUGCAUAUAUAAAAUACUGCAGUACAUCUACCAUGCAUGCCUCUAGUUGGACGACCGCCUGGCUAAAUGCCUGCCUAGUCCUGUUGGUAACCCUUAAGUUUGAUAUGUGAUGAGAGACAUGCAGGUUAUGAAUCUCUGUAGACUUGGGAAGAUCCACAGGUGGUUGAUGCUGACACACGAUGCAAAGGUGAUGGAGAUCCCAUUGAUGUCUGUGAAAUUGGAACUAUGGUAUAUUUCUUUUUUUAUUUCAGACAAUUUAUUUUGGUCGGCACCAAAGACAGCAUACUUGCUAAAUAUUGUUAACCCAUUGAGUGGCAGCGCUCUCCAUUUGAUGAGUAAAAUCAUCUGGUGUUAGACAGAGUAAAAUAACAAAUUAAGUAGGAUGCAUCAGGGCGCAUUGCCACUCAAAGGGUUAAUUAUAGGAUAUAAAUUUUAUCAGGUUGCAAAGAGAGGCGAAGUAAAGCAAGUGAAAAUUCUUGGUGUGAUGGCAUUGAUAGACGAGGGUGAGACGGAUUGGAAAGUGCUUGCAAUUGAUGUAAAAGAUCCAUUGGCCUCAAAAAUGAACGGUAAAUUGUCGACAUUUGUAUAUCUGGAACACUUAAGAAUUAUGAUAAAGCGUCAAAAUUUCGAACUUAACAGUAUAAACCUGUUUCUAUUCUUUCUAAUAAUUUGAUUUAGACUCGAGUCAACACCAGUCCAGUAGCUAAUCUACCAGGGGGGUGUGCACCCCACCUCUAAAAAAUUCUGCUUGAGCAUACAUUUUCUGCUUUUGAAUAGCGCGUGUAAAUUUCUUGAAACGAUUUCGUUCAUUUAUUAGCUCACCGGAAAACACUCUGAAUGCUUUAGUUAAAUAUCAUGGUUAAAUAUGUAAACAUGCAGAGAUUGUUAUACAGCCAUAUUUUCAAAUGUACUGUACUUUGGUACUUUACUGUGCUACAGCGACUGUCCAGUCACGCAUACGUAAUAAAAAGCCGAUAUAAACGUCAUAAAGAAACGAUAAUGUAAAACGUAACAGAACGGCGAACAUGUAGAAUAAAAAUGUAGGUUCGGCCAUCUCAAAUGAUGGCAAUGUUGGGAUAGUAGCGUUACAGACUGCAGAAGAGAGUGGGCAGUAAGGCUCCCUCAUGCACCACCCCAUGGAAAACAAGCACCCCUCCGUGCAGAUGAGGCUAGAUCCGCCCCUGGACUCGAAUUGUUGAUUUCUGCUGUGAAUGACUCGAGUCAACUCAGCUACAACUUGUUCAGAUUAUGAUUAAAUUCAUAAAAAACAUUUUGGUCAGGAAGAACUCGACUCGAGUAUAGCCAUCAUUGACUCGACUUGAUGAAACCUUGAAAUGAUUCGAUUCGGCCCAGGGUUAAUGCUUUCUUUCUGUGAUUUUAUUCUCGUUAACUAGAUAUCGGUGAUGUUGACAAACAUAUGCCUGGACUAUUAAAGGUGGGGACACAAGAACGUCUUCUAUGUUGAAAAUAUAUAUAUGAAUCACAAACGUAUUUUGACUGCUAUGAAUUUUUCAUUUAUUGAUAUGUAUUUUAAAUAUAGGCCACCCAUGAAUGGUUUAAAAUCUAUAAAGUUCCAACUGGCAAACCUGAAAAUGAGUUCGCGUUUGGUGGUCAGGCCAAAGACCAGGUUUUAUAUAAUUUUGUUGUUGUUGUUGUUGUUGUUGUUGUUGUUGUUGUUGUUGUUGUUGUUGUUGUUGUUGUUGCUGCUGCUGCUGCUGUUGCUGUUGCUGUUGUUGUUGUUGUUGUUGUUGUUGUUGUUGUUGUUGUUGUUGUUGUUGUUGUUGUUGUUGUUGUUGUUGUUGUUGUUGUUGUUGUUGUUGUUGUUGUUGUUGUUGUUGUUGUUGUUGUUGUUGUUGUUGUUGCUGUUGCUGUUGUUGUUGUUGUUGUUGUUGUUGUUGUUGUUGUUGUUGUUGUUGUUGUUGUUGUUGUUGUUGUUGUUGUUGUUGUUGUUGUUGUUGUUUGUUUUUGAUGUUGUUGCUGUUGUUGUUGCUAUUUUUGCUGUCGUUGUUGUUGUCGACGUUGUCGUUGUUGUUGUUGUUGUCGACGUUGUCGUUGUUUUUGUUGUUGUUGUUGUUGUUGUUGUUGUCGUUGUCGUUGUCGUUGCUCUUGUUGUUCCAUUCUUGUUCCAUUGUUGAAUUAGAACAGCAGUUGUAAUUCAAGUGUGAUUCAAUUUUGCUUUUUCACAGGCGUUCGCAUUCAAAGUUAUCGCAGAUUGUAAUCAACACUGGUCAAAAAUGAUGGGGAAUGCUCAGGCGCCGCAGAACCUCAGCUGGUAGGUAAUCAUUGCUUGGUUCGGCAAAACGUGUAGUAAGAGGCUUUGGUAACGCAGUCAUCGUCAGAGCAAGCGCCUUUUCACCUCUGAGAUCAUAGGUUCGAUUCUCUCGUUGCCCACUCAUGUAAAAAUAAUCAGUCAACGCUCUGCCGAAACUCGUGGAUUUUCUCUGGGUGCUCCGGUUUCCACCCAUGCACAGGCCUUAAAAUAUCGGUCGGUCACGGACAUUGUCCGACCCGUUCGUGAAAUUGUCCGACGUAGAGAGGAAGCCACUGGACAUUCUGUCCGACCUAAGUGAAACUGAGGUUUAUUGUUUGUCCGACCCGACUGUAUUGGUGUCCGUCCGAACUGUAGCUUUGUCCAACGUAAAUCAAAACGUACCCUAGUCCAGAACUGGAGGCUCGUAUGUUAAAUGGAAAAUCAGAGUACAAUUGAGUAUUGCAUAAAAAGUGAACUGGAAAUGUUGUUUAAACGUAGCUAAUCAACGCGGGGCGGCGAGCGAAAUGAUGAACUGGAAAACGGGCUUAAGUUGUCGACGUCUUACUGACACCUGUUCUGGCAAGCAAGUUAAUUUUGGCUUGGAAAUAAAUAUGAAUGACACAAAUAAUUUAAUAUCUUCACAACAUUUACCGUUCACAAUUAAUACAUUGUGCUGAUAUUCAUUUGUGUCAUUCAGACUUAUUUCCGAGUCAAAACUGAACUGAAGGUCAUCGGACAUAUGUCCAACCCAAACUCAACGUCACCGGACAUUUUGUGAGACGGCCCAGUGAAAGAUAUUUUAAGGCCUGCAUGCACAGGAAAAAUUGACAGGGUGGGUUAGGAUCGAUAAACACAGUUUAAGAAAGUAAUAUCACAAUUAUUAUGUUUUUGAUGUUACUCUGAGUGUAUAUCCACACCGGGCAGGCUGAAAAGUUAGCCUGACCACGGUGGGAAUCGAACCCACGACCUUUGGGGUGCUAGUCCAACUGAGCUACGAGGCUAAGUGUGUUCGAGUGUGUGAUAUAACUAAGUCUAGUACCUUCGAUACCAUUGUGUUCUAUGAUCAUGAUAUUUUUUGUGUGUGUUUUGAUUUUAUAUGUUCUCAGGUGAAUAUAAUGUUUUUUCAUCUUACUCUGAGUGUAUAUCCACAUCGGGCAGGCUGAAAAGUUAGCCUGACUACUCCCACCGGGGUCAGGCUAACUUUUCAGCCUGCCCGGUGUAGAUAUAUACACUAAGAGUAACAUGAAAAACAUUAUAUUCACCUGAGAACAUAUAAUAUCAAAACACACACAAAAAAUAUCACACUUAUUGUUGUACAAGAUAAAAUAGACAGUUUAGGCUAAGUACAUAAUUAGGUAAUUGUAAGCGUAAUUCUCGAUGUAAAGCGCAUUAUAGAAAUCCUAAUUAAAGUUUUAUAAUCGUUUCCCGUUUGUAUUUCUAGUUCGAACACGACUCUAAACAACGCCAGUACUAUCACAACGGCAGAUGCUCAAAAGAUUGUCGAACAGGUUUGCUUGAAUUUUUUAUAUUUUUUAUUGACAUUGGGCAGGUACAAGCGUAUUAAUAAAGGUAAUCUAGGAAAGGUUUAGCAGCAAUUUUAAAAAAUGUGUCAGUAAAACAGUAAAUACAUUUUGUUAGGUUCCAGCUACAGGUACUCCUGGGACUGUGAGCGCUAGUGGUAAGUUUUAACGGUUCCUGGUUUUUGAACGAAAUUAGUGCUACUUCUGCAAUAGUCUUUUAUUCUAAUAUUUAUUUAUUUCAUUUAGUGGACGAAUGGCAUUAUGUGAAACAAACUUGAACGAUCCAAAUAUGAACGGAAUGAAUAUUUAAUAACGGAAAUAAUUCAAUUAUUUUUGCAUGAUUAUAAAUAAUAAAAUGUGCAA